AGAGGAUUGCUUUGGCGUGGUAGUGGUGCUGGUGGUCUGCAGUGAGCCGUCUGCUCGUCCCCCCUCUCCUUCACCCGGCGUUACAUCACCCUGCUGUUGCGCGCUGGGUAGUGCUGGCAACCCGAAGAUCACAUACAACUGAUAUCCACAAGUAAACAUUAAGAUGGCGCAGCAGCUAGCCAAUCUCUUCACCAGGGUGGGACAGAUCGGGUUUGGUGUGGCCGUAGUGGGCGGCGUGGUGAAUUCAGCCCUCUACAAUGUGGAUGCUGGUCAUCGUGCAGUCAUUUUUGACAGAUUUAUGGGAGUGAAGCAGACUGUGACAGGUGAAGGAACACACUUCUUCAUUCCUUGGGUCCAGAAGCCAAUCAUGUUUGAUGUUAGGACCCGUCCCAGAAAUGUCCCUGUUGUUACUGGUAGUAAGGAUCUUCAGACAGUCAACAUCACAUUAAGAGUUUUAUUCCGACCUAUCAGUGACCAGCUGCCCCGCAUUUACACUACCCUUGGUAUUGACUAUGAAGAUCGAGUCUUGCCUUCCAUUACAAAUGAAGUUUUGAAAGCUGUUGUGGCUAGAUAUGAUGCUGGAGAACUCAUCACACAGCGAGAAAAGGUUUCACGUAACGUCUCAGAGCAACUCACUGAGCGUUCAGCUCAGUUUGGAAUAAUCUUGGAUGAUAUUUCUAUUACCCACCUGACUUUUGGCAAAGAAUUUACUCAAGCUGUUGAACUGAAGCAAGUGGCACAACAAGAAGCAGAAAGAGCAAAGUUCCUUGUGGAAAAGGCUGAACAAGAGAAGAAAGCAGCCAUUAUCAGUGCAGAUGGUGAUGCCUCAGCUGCCACAUUGAUGGCCAAGGCAUUUGGUGAGGCAGGAGAGGGUCUGGUUGAACUAAGGAGGAUUGAAGCAUCAGAAGACAUUGCUUACAAGUUGGCAAAGAACCGCAAUGUGGUUUAUCUCCCCAACAAUCAGAGUACCCUCCUUUCUCUGCCUCAGUAAAAAACUUAAGGCAGCAGCAGUUGAAUAAAAUGGAAGCCAGGAGGCUAAAGUAGUCUCCAUGUGAAACUUGCGGACUUGGAGAAAGAAAACUCUGUAGUUUCUGUAAUGUUUGACUUAGUUUUGUGUUCUUUGAAGUACACCGAUCUUAAUGUAAUUUAACUUGUUUGAAAGUCAUGUACUGAAACUUCAUUCCUCAGUAUUUUUAUUUUUGCCAAUAGUUUUUUUCAUUGUUUUUAAUUUUGUUGCAUUAUAAAUCCAGAACUAGUUCUCAAACUUUGUUAAGUCAAGAAUUUACAUUUCAAAACAGGUUGACAAGCAAAACAUUCUUGUCAUGUAUAAAGGAAGUUGUUAAUUAUAUCUACAAUUGUGGGUUUUGUAAAGAAAUUGUAUGACA